UGCAGAGAUGUUAGGAACUGCUCUGCUCACACAGAAUUAGCACUCGUCAUUCAACUGAGGGACACAGCGACUGAGUCCUAUUAUAAAAGAACUCCUGAUGAUGCUGACCAUCAUAAAGGUAGUGAGAUCACAAGCUGGAGAGAAAACAGGAAGCACCCAGAAAAGAAGCAGUUAGAUUCAAACUGGGCUCUGUGUGGAUUAUGGGUACAACUGCUAGUGCAGCCCAGCAGAUGGUCUCUGUAGCACCUCCAUGUGAAAGUGUCCAUGGCAACGGGAUGGCGGACAGUCGACGGUCACUGAGCGUUAACUCCUUUCAGACAGUCAACAUUCACAAUAACAAGGCCAAGUCCAUUAUUACCAACAAAGUUGCACCUGUAGUUAUCACGUAUAACUGUAGAGAAGAAUUUCAGAUCCAUGAUGAUAUCCUCAAAGCAAAUUAUACUGUUGGGCGAAUUUCAGACAAUAUGCCUGAGCAUUACCUUGUGCAGGGACAGUAUUUCAUGGUGCAGGAUGUGUACAGCAAAGCAGAUGUUCUGAAUACCACAGGGAGCUGUGGUGCCCCGAACUUCAGGCAAACUAAGGGCAGCUAUCCUGUAUUUGGAAUGGGUCAAGCCAGCUUUAAUGGCUUCAAGCAGGUUCUUCAGAUGCUACAGUUGCAGGGUCACAAAGAAAUCAUCUUCUUCUGCAUUCGUGAGGAGCCCAUUUUAUUUUUACAUUCAGAAAAUGAUUUUGUGCCAUAUACUCCAAGGCGAAAGGAGAACCUGCACGAAAACUUGCAUAGUCUGGGAAAAGAUGUAAAAGCAGAGAACUUAGAAAUAACCAUCAGAAAGGAGCUUUGUGACUUUGCUCAGUUGAAUGAAAAUGUCUACUAUGUUUACAAAGACAUUGAGCACUUUAAAGAUGAACCUCAACGCGUUACUAUAAGCUGUGAAGAGGACAUCCAUGUUACUGAAGAAGUUUUUAAGAGGCCUGUUUUCACAAUGCCUUCAUACAGAUAUCUUCGGUUGCCCCUGCCAAUGGAAGGAGCUCCUUUGGAGGAACAUUUUGAUACAUUUAUUAAUACUUUGAGGGAAAGCCCCAAUUUACUGCAUUGCAGAGACAACAGCAGACCUCUUCCUGCUCUGCUGUUCAGCUGUCAAGUGGGAGUUGGUAGGACAAACUUGGGAAUGAUCCUCGGGACUCUAUUUAUGUACCAAGUAAAAGGAGCUCCUGAAGCUGCCAAACUUUCUGAAGGCACAUGUUUAUCACAGAAGUGCCAAUUUCAAAUUAUACGGAAUUUCAUCAGUGCAAUUCCUAAUGGAGUUCAGAUUAUUGAUGAGGUUAAUACUGCAAUUGCUGAAUGUUCAGAAAUGCAUGAUAUUAAAGAAGCAAUUAAUGAAAAUAAGAAGAAACUCGAGGGCAUUGGGGACGAUUACAAGAUUCAGGGAAGUAGCACCAAAGAAUACUUUUUCCAGAGAACACUGCAAGGCUUGGAAUGCUAUUUUUACUUAAUAGCCUUUAAUUAUUAUCUUCAUGAACAGUAUCCAUUGUCAUUUGCCCAGAAUUUUAGCAAGUGGAUGUGCAGCCAUCCUUGGAUUUACAGGAUUUUAGCAAGCAUGAAUUUAACAGAGCUGUCUACACAAGCGGACUUUAUUACAAAGGGAAGCAGAGUGCUGGUGUCACAUGACCAUUGGGCUCCAGAUAUUCUGAGCACUGUGAAGGAAAUGAGAGCAGCCAAUUUCAGAAGAGUUCAGAAAAUGCCAAUUUAUGGAAUGGCACAGCCAAAUUCUGAGGCUGUUGGGUUUGUUUUGGGGUAUCUAACAGAAAAGAGGAAACAUGCUCAUGUGUUGUGGGUCAACCUACAAGAUGAGCUGGUGUUAGAGGGUAAUGGCCAAGUAUAUAUUCCUUGGGAGCCAAGCUGUAUUGAACACCAGAUUUUAGUCCCAGCUACCUCUCCUGAGCAAAUUGAGGAACUGGAGACUGCUGUAAAAGAAGAAAUUAUAAAGUCUCAGAAAUGGUUAGAAGUGUCUUCAGAGCAGAAAAAGCAGAUGAAAAUGUUCAAGACUUGUUUGACCGUUCAGGAGAUUUUUGGUCAACACAAAAACUCCUACCCAGGACUUAUGUACAGAAGGAUUCCAAUACCUGACAACUGUGCUCCUCGAGAGCAGGAUUUUGAUCGAUUGAUGGAAGCAAUGAAAACUAUCUUGGCUGAUGACUCUCAUGCUGCUUUUGUAUUUAACUGUCAUAAUGGCAAAGGAAGGACUACUACAGCACUGGUUAUAGCUGCUCUGACCCUGUGGCACUUUAAUGGUUUCCCAGAGUUGACAGACGAUGAAAUUGUUAGUGUACCUGAUGCUAAGUACACAAAAGGGGAGUUUGAGGUUGUUAUGAAAUUGGUAAGAAUUCUUCCUGAGGGACUCCGAAUGAAGAAGGAGGUUGAUACGGCCUUGGAUGCUGUUAGUGAGACCAUGACACCAAUGCACUAUCACUUGAGGGAAAUUAUAAUUUGCACCUACAGACAGAUUAAAACUGCUAAGUGUGACAAAGAGAGGCAGAUCUUACAGCUACAGAGUCUACAGUACCUGGAGCGAUAUAUUUUUCUUAUUCUGUUCAACACAUACUUGCAUCUGGAGAAGAAAGACUCAUGGCAAAGACCUUUCAGCAUCUGGAUGAAUGAGGUGGCAGCCAGGGCCGGAGUUUAUGACAUUCUCAACCAGCUGGGGUUCGUCGAGUUUGAAAACCCAGAAGACACAGCACUUGCCAGGCUGCGCUACCGUUGGCGGCAGCAGCAUGUUCACUCACUUCCGUUCCAAGGAGAGUUAAUUUAAAAGAAAUACAAACCUCUGCAGGCUGCCAACUAUAUGUCAUGCUAGUGUUGGGUCUGCUUUCAUAAAAUCUGAAAACCUUAAGGAAAGAAAGACGCAUUCUUUUUCUCCCAGUUUGUAAAACUUUGAAACUACCUUUACAUUUAUGAACUGUUAGGUAUAAUACGAUGUUAAGACAUUUGCAGUAUGUGAGCAGGUUCAAAUAGUAGGCUUGGUUCAGGACUUGCCACAUAAGAACUGUCUGCUUGCUUCAGGUUAUGACCUGCCAUAACCGCUAAGUGGGACUUGGAAACAGCAGAACGAAUGAGGGCGUCUAGCGCUGGGGCCGGUGCCGGUGCUCGCCCUCACGGUGGCGUUCAGAGAGACUUUGUUUCAGCUCAGGCAGACAGCUGCCAGCGUUUCUUGCCAGAUUAGUAAUUUAUCCAUGAUUGCAAUUUUAGAUCAUGCUAUUAUUCCUUAUCAUGCUUUAAACAUAUUCUGGCCAUGUUCAUUUGGGAAGGAGAGGGCUGGGAAGGUCCUAUAAUUUGGGGGAAAAAGGAAAACAAAAUGUGUUCCUGUUUUAAAAAGUGUGCUAUGACAGUUUAAGCUCACAUGUAAUUGAAGUAUGGUUCACGUAUGCCAGUGGUGACCAGGAGAGGGUUACUAACUGUCUUCUCCAAACCCCAACUCUUUCCGUUUCAUUACAGUAGAAGGGUGUAAAGCGGGGAGCUGGGAAAGAAAUGGCCUACGCUCGGUUUAAGGGACAGACCCCAACAGUACUACUUUGUAAAGUUUUUUUUUUCUUCUUUCUUACAGACAUUGCCAAACUUAUCAACCGAACGUUUAACACAUACUUGUACUAGUGGUUGUCAAUUAAUUAUAAAAACAUAGUUGUUUUUUCUGUUUAUACACACUGUAUAUAUCUCCUUAUUUCACUUUAUUCUAGACAAUAUAGGUAAAUUGACCUUUUUUUAAGAAUGAAUUUUUACUUCCAGAGUGCAGGCCCUAGGAUUUUGUUUUUAGCAGCAAAACAGAAAACCUGCAACUAAAGAAUAACAUAAAGUAUGGCUGUUCUGAUCAAAGAUAUCUAACUUCUAGUUCUUGCCAUUUAUAUUUGUAUCAACUUCCAAAAACUCUUAACUUGUGCCAUCCAUCCAGUUUUAUUUUACAUCCAGCGUUUUGUUUUUUUUUUAUAAAUAAUGCUUUAAUUUUGUUUUAGAUUGAUGUAUGGCUUAAUUUUUGAACUGUUUACUGUCAUAAUACAAAACCAUAAAAUAAUAUUUUUUCA